CCUCUUUAGUGUGACAAAAAAAUCAACCAUGGCUGAAGAAAGUUCUGCGGUUCCGCGGGAAGUUCAAGAAGAAAAUGAAAACUCAGAGACGAAAGAGGAUGAAAAAUCUCAAACAGCCACGAGAAACAACAAAUUUCCAUUGACGAGGAUAAAGAACAUUAUGAAAACUGAUCCCGAUGUGACACUAGCAAGUCAGGAAUCUGUAUUUUUAUUAGCGAAGGCUACAGAGUAUUUCCUCGAGAAUUUUACCAAAUCUGCAUACAGCUUUACUGAAAGGGGCAAGAAGAAGACCAUUAGGAAACAAGAUAUUGAUCUCUCAAUUGAUGCACACGAUUCCUAUGCCUUUCUUGAAGGAGCUCUUGAAUGGAACUAGAACAACCGAUCAAAGCAUUAAGAAUGAUUUCAUUUUAUAAAGAGACCCCUCAUCCCAAUCAUGUUGGUCUUCAUAAAUGGUUCUUCAGAUGUCAUUUUGCCAAAGAUGCCAUAAUGGACUGUCGGAUGAGGGUUUGAUUGCAUAUAUGUUGGCAGUAUGAUGAAAGUUCUGCAAGGUGUUGGAUUUGAUCAAAUUUCAUGACUCAUGCAGGAAAUAUUUUGAAAAAGGAUCUUCUUGUCUUGGUAGCCUUCCCACAAUGGCCUUCCUACAUGUACAUGUUUACAUUAUAGAGUAUCAGAUGAUUGAUCUUAUGUUCAAUUCGCUAUUGGUGAACCCAUAAUUGUGCCAUUGUUUCUGCAUUAUGCCUAACAACUGUCAGACAUCAUCAUAUUGGGAAUCUUUAAAUCCAUUAGAAGGUGUUGUUUACAUGUGUAACCAAGGGUGUAAUCAGUAUUUACAACAUAUAAUAGGGAAGUUAUGUAGUUGUUGUGUACAUUAUGUUAUUUGUGUAUUAAGUCAUAUAUUAUCUCAACCAUCCCUAGUCCAACAUUGACCAAAUCAGGCACAGGCAGUUUAAUUGGCUGACUUAGCACUGAAGAUCAGCUUUACAGAAAAAAAAAACAAAGUCCAGUUUCAUUGCAACUGUCGUAGUUUCGUACUACUAAUUCUUUUUCAGCGAUCAUUUGCAAAAACAUAAAUCAUGGCCUUCAUACCAUGAUCUUUCAGUUCAAAUGACACUGUCUGUAGGAAAUAAUUUGCACAUGCUUGUGAAUAUUUCAUUUGAAAAUUCGCUUCAAUGUUAUUUUACACUGAUAAUCGAUGGUUAAGUACUGAGCCAUUUAGCUUUCCUGACUGGCAGCUACAUGUAACAGGAGCCUAAAUGCUCUGAUAAAUUGACACGCACAGGGAGAGGGGAGUUUUCUGUUCCCAUACAGCAUUCUCUGUGAAUAUCCUUCCCCAACAUCAGCCAUGGCGCAAUUUCCUUCGGCAAGAAAUUUAUCCACAUUGUGCCGCACUCGACCCAGGUGAGGUGAAUGGGUACCCGGUAGGAAGAAAUUCCUUGAAUGCUCGAGCGCCCAAUCAAGGUAGCCGUGCUAAAGCCGGGGUAAUAAUAAUAAUAGCUGGGAGAACAGUUUUUGGAACUGAAGUGGCUACCCUGGGUAAAUAUACCUAUAUUAUUAUUGUUAUUAUUAAUAUCAAUUUUUUGUCCUCAUUUUGCCAUUUUUGUAAAAAAAAUAAAAAUUGGGGCAUAUUGAAGCAUGGUGCAGUAAAGAGAUCAUGAGAAGAAAUAGAAAUGAGAAAUUCUGACCAUACAGUAGGUCAAGAGCAGGCCCAUAAUUAUUGUAUAGAUAUUCAUGAUACCCUAUGUGGAAAUAUCUUGAUAUGAGGUUGUUUGUAUCAUAUCCAUAUUUGUACAUAAAUUUUAGAUAAAUAAAAGUUAUCAAACUCUUGUA